AUGGGGGACGAGAAGCAAAGCCCCAUCGUGUACCAAGACCCGUACCCGAGCGGAGGGAGCCGGGACGUCAUCAACGGAGCUUACAGCAGCACGCCGCAAAGCGGGAGCGCUUCGGCGUACAACCUUCCAGGAACCAUAGCGACAGUGACAGCGAGCCAUCAUGGGCGAACCGAGACGGCCUACUCAAAUUCUCAAGCAUACAACUCAAGACCGGUGUCAAUGACCUACGGAAAUGGUGCCGCCCCAGCACAAGCCUAUGGGUCUUAUAAGAGCACGAACUCACAAAAUUGGGAUCACCCGGGAAGGUUUUCACCAACGGACUCGAUGGACGACAUCAUGGCGUCCCCUAGCUUGUCCGACUACUCCAUCGACAACAGUGGUGGGACCGGGACGACGCCGCCAGGCAAGCACCAUAAGUCGUCUUCACACGGCAAGGCCAGCCGAUCACAACGGAGGCCAUCGAACCGCGACGAGUUCGAUGGGCCACACCAGUUCCUCCAGCGACCGCCGCCAGAGUACAUAGCGAUGCAGGAGCGCGAGCUGCCGCACCUCCCAACCAACCUGCUUGUGCAGGAGCAGGACAGCGUGCUGGCGCAGGUCAACGACCGGUUGUCGCAGUGCGCGUACGACUUUGUGGCCAAGUACCAGUUUCCAAUCCCGCUGACGCAGGACAUGAGGCCGGUGGAGCGGCCGCAGGACCGCGAGUGGACCGAGUGGGUGUACCUGCUCAAGCGGCUGGCGACCAAGCGGCGUAUCCCAGCGCGGGUGCUGUACAACGGGCAGAUCAAGCAGUUCGUGACGAUCCUCGAAAACAGCCUCGAGAUGAGGCACGCGGCCAAGCACCAGAGCCGCCCGCUCAAGGACGAUAGGAACAUUCUGCAGCUCAUUAGCGCCGGCAUCCAGGUCGCCAAGAUCCUCAAGGACGCCCAGGCCAUGGACUACCUCGACCGGCUGUACGUCAGCACUGAGCAGCAGAUCCAGGAGAGGGCUAAGGCCGCUGCCGCGAGGUUCAGCCGCGGUUGA